CUCCGAAGCGUGCGCCUGCGCAGUGGGCGACUCUUGCGCCGUGAGGAGGAGGAGGAUGCCCCUGAAGUUAUUUAUAAUGUCGGGCCGGCCGCUGGUGACGUAGCGAGGAGUUCGGGCAGCGGCGGCGGAGGAAGCGGCGGCAGCGGCGACGCCUCUUCCCUUCCUGGUCUCCCUCCGACCGACCGUCCUUCCUCCUCCGCCCCCGGGCCCUCGCUGCCAUGGAGGGAGCCGGGCCGCCUCUGCCGCUGACGGAGCUGGACUCGGGCGGCGCGUGCUGAGGGGCCGGACUCGGGCGCGAUGGAGUGUGCUUAAUUGUCCCGGCACUCACCUGCCAAACAAGAUUGGUACCACUGGACGAGGAGACCUUGCAUUCAUCUGUCUGUUCCGUAUCAGUGUUGGAAAGAAACUGAAUCUGUAACUUUCUUCUCAUUCUCGCAGGGAUUUGUUUCCCCUUGCCCCUGCUGCAGGGACUUGGGGUGAGGUGUCUCAGAAGGGUGGAGUGCCUUACCCAUCAGGAAGGGCACCUGGUUUGGUUUGCUCUCCGCCUGUGGAAGCUCAGCUGUAGGAUUUCUUGUUUUUUCCUCUGGGAGAUUAUUCCACUAGGAUAGACAAUGCCUUGAACGGGGACGGCGCUUUCCCACUCACCAGCCCUACAAACUGUUCACCGGUGAGUUCAGUAGAGGUGGCGAAGGCGACUGGGGAACUCACCAUGGCCGGGAGUGGCUACACAGACCUGCGAGAGAAGCUCAAAUCCAUGAUGCCUUACCGGGACAAUUACAAGGGGGGCGGCACUCGAGACCCUGCCGAGUCUCCCUAUGGAGGCACGGGUGGAGCUGCAGAGCGCAAGCGGAAAUACCACGAGGAUUCCGAGUCGGAGCCCAGCGACUGCGAGGAGCACCAGCGGGAGGAGGAGGAAGAGGCCCAGAAAGUCAAAAGCGGCAUCCGGCAGCUCCGCCUCUUCACCCCUGAGGAAUGCGCCAAGAUUGAAGCUCGCAUUGACGACGUGGUCUCCAGGGCUGAGAAGGGCCUUUAUAAAGAGCACACGGUGGAUAGGGCCCCUCUCCGGAACAAGUACUUCUUUGGGGAGGGUUAUACGUACGGGUCUCAGCUGCAGAGGCGAGGCCCCGGUCAGGAACGGCUGUACCCGCGUGGGGAAGUGGAUUCCAUUCCCGAGUGGGUCCAUGAUCUCGUCAUCCGUAAGCUGGUAGAGCAACGGGUUAUCCCCGAGGGCUUUGUGAACAGUGCGGUGAUCAACGACUACCAGCCUGGGGGCUGCAUAGUCUCCCAUGUGGACCCCAUCCACAUCUUUGAGAGGCCUAUUGUCUCGGUGUCGUUCUUCAGUGACUCAGCACUCUGCUUUGGCUGCAAGUUCCAGUUCAAGCCCAUCAGGGUCUCGGAGCCAGUCUUCUUCUUGCCUGUGAGAAGAGGGAGUGUCACUGUGCUCAGUGGUUACGCAGCUGAUGAAAUUACACACUGCAUUCGACCACAGGAUAUCAAGGAGAGGAGAGCAGUCAUCAUCCUUAGGAAGACCAGGCUAGACGCUCCCCGGCUGGAGACGAGAUCCCUGAGUAGUUCUGUGCUGGCGCCAGGGUACGCCUCUGACCGCCUGUCAGGAAGCAACAGGGACCCCAUCCUGAAGCCAAAGAGGUCCCAUCGCAAAGCAGACCCAGACGCUGCUCACCGACCUCGGAUUCUAGAAAUGGAUAAAGAGGAGAACAGGCGCUCGGUCCUCUUGCCCAAGCACAGGAGGCGGAGCCAUUUCAGCUCUGAGAACUAUUGGCGGAAGUCUUACGAGUACACGGAGGACUUUGACGAGGAGGAGGAGGACAGCAGUCCAGCUCGGAAAGUGAAAAUGAGGCGGCACUGAGGGAUUCUGUUCUUUCAUCCCCUACCCCUUCCAACAAAGAUAUUUGAGCUGAUGAGACUGGCCUUCAGGCUGUGAAAUCGUAUCUCCCCCCCCCACCCCUCCUCCUUCCCCCCCCCUUGGCUAUUUCUCAUCUAGCUUCAAGGUUGUAUUCUCCCUCGCCCCAACCCCUUUUACGCUGAAGAACGGAUCUGGCUUCUUUUUCCUUUUUCUUUGAAGAGAGGCAUCGGUGCUGAUCAGGUUGUAUCUGCCGCCACCUGCCCUCUUCCCCUCUGCUCUCCCACCCCCAGGCAGUUGGCCGCGCCCCUCGAAAGCAUGGAGGAGGAGCAGCUUGUUUUUAAAGGGGGGGGGAGAGCUAAUGUUGUUCUUUGAGGUGUUUGGGCUGGAGUGGAUUUUGAAGAUGCCCCCAAAAAAGUGGUCCGUUGAGUUUGCCGAAGGAGUUGAGAAUAUUCGUUUAUGCUCUUGGCGCUUCUUCUUCUUGAAAACGUUAUAAAUACAGCGUUUCUCCUUCCCCACCCCCAUCCUCACACUACCAGCCGUGUGGUGAAAUGCUCUCUGUAUCGCCACCCUGCUCCGCUCCACACCAAAGGGCUCCUGAUUUCUGAAGCCAACGGCCGUGUGAAUUUAUUUUCCUCGCUGUCAUUUCAAAAGCCGCCUCCCUCCAGCAACUGGAAAUCUAAAGCUUUGCGAACACCUCUUCUUAUUAUUAUUUUGUUUUUUGGUGACACCAGAUGACAAAGCGUUUAGAACGUGUUGCACUUUAGUGUCAGGGUUUAUUCCCCCUCCCCUUGAAAUGCCAUAUAAUCCCCCCCCUCCUUCCCCCAAACCCUUACUUGCUUGGGCUAGCAAGCACCUGUGUUUUCUGCGCUGCUAAUGAAAAAAAAGGAUACAGUCGUGUUUUCUCUUUCUGUGAAGGAUGCACAGUGGCUCCACAUUGGGGCUGCUGCUUGAGGGCUCAUUGAGGGGCGGGAGGGGGCAACUCUUGGAGAGGGAGGAGCUGCUUGGCUGGAAACCUCAGAUUCUGCCGAACCGAACCCCUCACACUAACAGCAUAGGGCCCAAUGCAGUGGGCAAGUCUCCCUGCACCAGCCUGGUUGGAGUCGCUGCCAGCUAUGCAAACGUAAACAGUUUUUUUAACGAUGCACUCGGGAGAGCCUUCCUAGUGCAUUGCACCCAUACCUAGCAUUUUCUAUAUAAACAUAUUUAUUUUGAAGACUUUUACCUGCUUUGUUUCACUCGAGGCUUUCCUUCUCCCCACCCUCCUAGAAAACCAGACUUUCCGUCUCUCUUGACACUUGAAGACGAUGCUUAUGUGGCGGUUGUCCAUUCUUAAAGGUAGAUGGCCCCGGGCAGGAAUCCAGACUGGGCAGGAGCUGCGUCUGUGUGGGGCAGCCCUCCCCCCUUGGUUCUCAACACUGGCAGACUCCCAGUGAGGUGGGUCUUGGGAUCACUGAAGCAGGAACGUUUAGGCUGCCACAUGCAGAAGGCAGGAAUAGUGAGUGAAUUUGGCAUCCUCUUCUGCUUCUUCAGUGCCUCCAUGCUAUGGGCUCCCCCGGCUUCUGGUCUUGGACCAAAAGCAUCUUGCUAAAGGCAUGUCAGACCUCGUGUUUGGAGCUGCCAGCCGGCCUCUUAACAUGCUUCAUGUUUCUUUCCUGCUUGAGCCAAGCCCAGAAAAGCACGUCCUGUUGCCCCCAAAGAGUUCAGCUUUUAAAUGUUAGGUCUUUUCCCCAAUGGCUGUAAUGUCUCUCUGCCUGUCUGCCUGUCUGCCUGUCUGCCUGUCUGCCUGUCUGUCUGUCUGUCUGUCUGUCUGUCUGUCUGUCUGUCUGUCUGUCUGUCUCUCUCUCUCUCUCUCUCUCUCUCUCUCUCUCUCUCUCUCUCUCUCUCUCUCUCUCUCUCUCUCUCUCUCUCUCUCUCUCUGCUUCCUGCUUUGCCCCAGCCUGGAAGAGUUUUCAGCGUUCUUCAGGAACCAGGUCAGAACCUGGGUUCAGAUCACCUAAAAAUCUCCCUUAUUUUUUUAAAAAAGCACACACGAGAGAAGCCCAGCUUUCUGAACCAAAAAUCUGGUUCAAAACAUCUGCCCUUCAAUAUUUUAAACUUCAUUUGUUCUUCUCAACUCUCAUACCUGAGGAAUCCUCUUUCUCUCUCGCCCCCCCCACCAGGUUGCACGUGCCUUUUUGCUAUGAUCUAUAUACCUCAUAACCAUCAAAUUACCUUAUGCUUUUGACGGGCGAGGAGGUUUUGAUGCCAAACCCCCAGACACUCAUUUCCUCCUGUGCUUUAUUCAACAGGGGCUGGUGCUCCCCUCCUCUAAAGCUUGCUCCGCUGGGAUGGGCCAACCCACCAUAUUGCUACAACACGUAAUAUAAUAAUUAUUAUUUUUAAUGAUUGUUGCCUCUUCCCUCCUGACUUGCCACCAAAGUGGAACCUUUUGCUUUCAAAAGGGUUAUGGCUUCAUCGUAACACCACUUCAGUUUUCCUUCAAAGUUCCUUUGGGCGUGUGGGCUGCUCUCACUUGCUAGUUUGGUGGGGCAAAUGUGUUGAGCUUGGCUAUCCCAUGCUCCUUCGCCACAGGUGAGGUUGAAGCAGGAUGCAGGUGGGACACCAGAUUGCCGAAAGUUCCCAAAAUACCCUGGUCUGCAAUGCUAGGCUGUUUCUGUGACCGGCAGUGCAAGAAACAAUGCUUUUUUUUGUCCCUGUGAAGGGAGCACACCAUCCAAGAAAAUUGAUGUUGGUGCUUUGACUAAUCCUAAGGACUGAAGGGCUUCAGUAGAUUUGCAGCCUUAUAACUCAGCAUCCUUGUCAGUUUAGUGUAUUUCCCACCAGGAUUUGGGUUUUUUUUUUACUGCAGGGUUUUUUUCCGUCAACACCCAACACGACUAGUGUUUUUUGACCCGCUCUGCUAAGUGUUAGAAAUCGGAUUUCAAUUUUUGUUUUAUGAUUUGCCAUAACCGAGAUGAAGUUGGCUCAUGGACGUGGGUGAGCGUUCCAGAUCCGAUUUUCUCCCGUAAAGAGGGCCUUUGCUUCUCUGCGCCCUGCUGCGCAGCCUCUGUUGAGGUGGUGUAUGGAAUCAGCACUGAACCGACCAUACGGUGAGCAAGGAGGCAAAUGGGUGAAUCUUCUCUUCUUUCCCGCAUCCCACCUUCAAGCCUUUUGGUGCCAAGCACCUGUUAACCUUGGCGGAAAGGCAUAUAGGGGAAAAUGACACCUGAAUAAUUCUGUUGGCACUUUCUGGUUCUUGCACCUGGUUCUUAGAUGCCCCUGUCCAUAAAACCGGCUGAGGCCAGGGCACUUGCCAGCUGCCUCCCAAAAAGUUAGAUUUUCCUGGAAUGUCGCGAAGGAGGGUAAAAGCAGGGGGCGGGCAUGUACUUUCUCCCACUUCCCUGCACUUUGCUUUUCUCAGGCACCAUCUGCUGUGGCGAUAGACCCAGUUCUAAGGCGCAGUCUGAUGGGAUUCAACAAAAAACAAAAAAAGCUACCCCCUUUCUGAGAUUGAAAAAUGUUGACGGAUGGCUUGGUUCCAUGCUUCUAAUGCUGUUAGUGUGAGGUUUGAUGGCAGCCCAAUCACUGGUAACAGGAUCCAGCCACAGCCCCUCACCCAGGUUCAGGCUGCUUUUGAAAUUUUGAGGGUUUGUGUGGUUUGGGAUCUGUUUCCAGUGAUUAGCUGGGUGUUUUUGUUUUGGUUGUGUGUGUUUUUUUUUUAAAAAAAAGCACCAGUUGCGGAUGUGCUGGAGCCUGAAGGCAAAACUUGCUCCAGAGCGUUCCUGGGUUUCUCUCCUCCUUGCACCUCCCCCCCCCCUCUUCCCAAGCACACACUUAAAAAAGAAAAAGGAAAAAAAAAUUAAAAAAGUUCUGGCUGACUUUUUUGUGUUUUUUUUAAAUGGAAAAAAAUCUAAUUUUUUGUUACAAAUAAAAUAAGUGGCAAUAUUUUUUUCUGUAAUUUUUUCAUAGGAAAAAAGUGUGAUUUGUAAAAACCAAUUGUACAGUUCUGAAGUUUGAAAUACACAAAAUCGCCGUACUGCGUGGCACGCUGUCAAUGGGGGAGGGAGGGGAAGGGAGAGAUUAUUUUCCGUACAGUACAGUGUAUUUGGGGAGAAAUCUUUUAAUUCGGGUUGAUUUAGGAAGAGCUAUAGUUCCCUGUCAGGGUUUGAAAUUUCUUUUUUUUCUUGUAUAGAAUGCUGCAUUUAACUAAAUAAAAGCCGAAAGCAUCA